AAAAAUCAAAAAAAAAAAAAAUAAAAUAAAAUAAAAUAAAAACCCAGCAGCCUGCAAAAUGCCGAAGGUCUUUGCGUGCCUUAGCGGUUUGAGAUGCAACUCGAAGGCCUCCUAUUUGCCACGCCAGAGUCUUGAGAAGCUCAACAAUUUGGAUCCGGAUCAUGGCAGUUACAAACUUACGCUCACCUCAAACGAGGACUUGGUGGCGAACACGAAACCCGCUUCCUACGACAUACUCAAUACACAUAAUAAUGGCAAAAUGCCUAACAAUUUGCCAGAUGUUCUGCCAUUGGGAGCGAAAUUGCAGCCGCAACCCUCGUCUCCCACUUCUGCCAAUGCUUCGCCACUACGCUAUGGUUCCAACAAUAACUUAAACUCAUCAAGUGUCUCCACGCCGGUCCAACAGCAACAGCAACAGCAGCUACAGCAGACGGCGACACCCAAUUGUUAUCCUGUAUAUCCGCCCACACAGCACCGCUACUCCACGCCAACUAUGAACUCGUACAAUAGCAAUGUCGGUAACAAUGUCGGCAGCAAAGCGCCCAAUUACAGUCGAUCUCAGUCGUAUGACGUGCAUAGUAACCCGCACAGCGGUAGCCUAUAUCAUCCUAGCCACGCCAAUAAUAGUCCCACAAAAUUUAUGUCCCAGUCCACGAUGGAUUUGAAGCGUACACAACAGCUGGAGCCGACUAUUGAGGAGACCACAGCCGCAUUGCUGAGCGAAAGUGCCGCAGUGUUGUCGCCUGCGCAAUCGGAGAGUAAUCUUAGUAGUCCGAGUAAACAUCAGCCGCAGCUGAUUUCCAUGAAGCCACUUUCUAGCCUUGGUAGUUCGAGUGAUAGUGGCAGUACGAGUGGCAGCGAAGGUCGCAUUUUUCGCGCCGAAUUGGUCACAGCUACGCUUUCAACAUCGCCUAUUGCGCCUGUAAAGUCCGUUAUACGCAAGGACUCAUUGCGCGAAAACAUCGAGAAAAUUACGCAGCUACAGUCGAAACUGAUGUCGGCGCAUCUGUCCGAAAGCAGUUUAAUUGGUAUUUAUGGCUCGAGAACGACUUUGAAUUCAACGCCAUCUAUAACAACAACAACACCCACAACGACAGCCGAGAACAUAGGCGCACAAUUAAACGAAAGCUCCGCGAAGCAAACUAGUGAUUGUAGUAUGGAAGUGGCGAGAGAGCAGACGCGCUCAGAUGCUACGGUGUGUACAGAAACUAUAGAAACUCGCAAGAACCUAAACAAUAUCGCGGAUGCCUGCACCACACAAACUUCCACAUCACCCACAAAUACACCUUCCUCGCUAACCGCGUCAACAUCAAGCGCUGUGCUACCUCAACCAGUCGCCACCACAACCGUCGCCAGCACAAAUACCACAAGUGAAGACCUCAUUGCAACACAAAACACGCCGAUGAGCUCCAGCACUGAUAGCUUAAAACUGAUGCAGCGCAGCGAAAUCAUACUACGUGUGAAUCCCACUACCACAGAGGCAGCUUCACAAACCGACGAUGAUCUGGCAUCUGCUGCCAACGAUGUUGAGGAGCAUACACGACUCACUGAGCAACCGCAUGCCAAGGAGGAGGCUCAGCAACAACGCAUUACAUUACAACCGCGCCAGCGCCAUCCCAUCGAGAUUGAUUGCGAGGAAAUGUCACAAGAAUUGGCUACACUUUUGGCGUCCAACGAAAAAUUGGUGCAAAUCUUAGCGCCACCUUCAUUUAAGUCGUCCACUGACUAUGUUAGUAAUCUGUAUAAUCCGAAUGUGCCAUUACGGCCAGCUAAACGAGAUGUAGGCACCUCAACGUUGCUGCGCAUGAAGGGACGCGACACCCAAGAGAAGCUGACAGUGGAACUACAAUAUGCCGAGGUGGAGGUAUUACUGACAAAUGGCGAUAGCGAAUCCGAAACAUGUGAUUUGUUGAAGAAAAAAGUGGAUGAACUCAUUAAGCAACUUAACCGUAAAAUACGCAUACUUAACAAGGAGCAAAUGACGCUCAAGGAGGAAGCCGAGCUGAACGAUGAGUUGGGCAACAGUCUGGUUACCAAACUGACGGACAAAGUGCGUCCUAUAGAAGCAACCAAGUGCCGCACCUAUAUUGACGACGUGGGUCAAAUUACGAGCCUGCUGCUUUCGCUUUCUGAACGGUUAGCUCGCAUAGAGAACAGUCUGAGUGCAGUUUCGGCUGAAAAUUGCGCAGAAAAGAAAUCGCUCGAAUUGAAACGCGACCGUCUGCUCGAUCAGCUAACCGAAGCGAAACGCCUUAAAGAGGACAUAGAUCGACGCGGUAGCAGCGUCGUUGGUAUUGUCGAAAAAACACUCAGCGCCGACGAAUUUGCCGAUUUCGACUAUUUCAUCAAUAUGAAGGCGAAAUUGAUAGCAGAUACCCGUGAUAUUGCAGACAAAAUCAAAUCUGGCGAGGAGCAGCUCAAUGCGCUCAGUGAAGCGCUCAUACAAAGCGAUUGUUGAACGAACGCUGGACAAGGCGAAAAACAGGCAAUUCCAUAUGCAAUACGUUUUGGUGAAAAUUAGUAUGUGGAUGAAGAAAAUAAAAAAAAAAUGGUCGAGAAUAGCGCAACUGUAGCUCAGGUCCUAAAGUAAAGACUUUAAAGUAAAAUGUUGGUAUAUACGCAUAAUGUAUGUAUGUAUGUAUGGAUGUAUCGUAAGUAGGGUAUGGUGGCUGAGUAAGCGGAUUUUCCAUGCCUUCAACAGCAACGAGUUGAAAGCUUAGUGUGAGAAUCGGAAAAAAAUGGGGACAUAAAAUGAGCGCAAUUGAGCUGAGCUGGCUUUCAUUGAAGUCUUUUGAUCAUUAGCGAGUAAAGAUGAGAAGUUAUACUGUAGUUUAUCAAAGGAAAUCCCAUAUAUGUAUGUAUGUAUAUGUAAAUAUAGGGGUUCCGCAAUUUGAUUACUUUGCAUAUAUGCACUUAUUAGUACGCCGCAUACAGGGUGCUACGCUUUAAAUUAAAUGUAUACAGUUAUGUAGUGUAUUUAAUGGCAAAUUACUUGAAAUUUAUUAACUGUGGCAUUACAAAGCACUAAACAAAUAAACUAAAAACGCAUGUAAACUCAA